AUGUAUCCUUGUAAUAUACUUUUUAAAUGGUUAGUAUAUUAAUCUUUACGAAAAUUGCAAAAUCCAGAAAACGAGAAAGAGCCAGAGAUGCAAAUUGGAACACCAACAGAUGUUAAACAUGUUGCUCACAUUGGUUGGGAUGGAGGAUCUGCCAAUCAAAACUCACCCAGCUGGAUGAAUGAUUUCAAUGCGUCGGGUGGAUAUUCAUCAUCGUCGCCUCUAGGAAAUAUUAAGGAGGAUGGCUCUUUCAUUUCUGAAGAUUCAACUCGAUCACGUGAUAUACCAAGACAUCCAAAAUCGUCGAGAGACCGUUCGAACAAUUUGGAAUCACCAGCAAAAGAACGAUCACGACGUGCAACUUCAAAUUCUAAUGGGAAUCCAAAAACUUCACGAAGAUCAAAAGAAUCUUCCAGUAAUUCUCAAGAUGGUUCUGUAAGAUCUCGUCGUAAAAAGUCUAAAGAUUCCGUGAACGGUGGAUCUACAAGAUCGUCGCGGAGAGCACGUGAUUCUCAGACAGAAUCUACAAAUGGUUCAAUUUCUGAUGGAGAAUCAUUGAUAUCACUCUCCUUCGAAGAUCUUUAA